UGCGUCAUGUGACCAAAUAAUCAUCCGUUCAAAACCCAGGUUUGGCGCUCAUUUUGUAUGAAAAGUUAGAAAACAGGCAAUGCUCAUCUUCACAAACACAACAUCUCCUUCAUUGAUCAAUGCACUAAACCUCAAGAAUCGUCUCCUUCAAUCCUUCAAUUCACUAAAACAGCUCAAACAUGUCCACGCAGCGCUUCUCCGUCUCGGCUUCGACCAGGGCAGCUACCUCUGGAGCAUGAUUAUACGCUCCAGCUUCGAUUUUAAUGACACAACCUACACUCGCCUAAUAUUUAACCAAAUCAAAGAACCCGAUGUUGUAUUAUAUAACACUAUGAUUCGCGGCUUAGUUUCUAGCGAUUGCUUCACCGAGUCUAUAGAAUUUUACUAUUCAAUGAGAAAAAAAGGUUUUUUACCUAAUAAUUUCACUUUUCCUUUUGUCAUAAAAGCAUGUGCGAGGCUUUUGGAUUUUCAAUUGGGUAUAAUGAUGCAUAGCCUUGUGGUUAAACUGGGUUUUGAUUGUAAUUUGUUUGUUAACACUAGUUUAGUUAGUUUAUAUGCUAAGUGCGGGUCUAUAGAUGAUGCCUUGAAGAUGCUUGAUCUUAUUCCCGAAAGCAAUAUUGUGUCUUGGACUGCCAUUAUAAGUGGGUAUAUAGGCGUUGGUAAGUACAGGGAGGCUAUUGAUUUGUUUCGUAGGAUGUUGGAGACGGGUUUGAGGCCUGAUAGUUUCACCAUUGUCCAAGUUCUGUCUGCGUGUAUUCAAAUUGGGGAUUUAGCUAAUGGAGAAUGGAUAGACAGGUAUAUAACGGAGAAUGUUAUGGCGAGGAAUGUGUUUGUUACUACUUCUUUGGUGGAUUUGUAUGCCAAGCAUGGAAAUAUGGAGAAAGCGCGUUGUUUGUUUGAUGGUAUGGCAGAGAGGGAUAUUGUUUCUUGGAGUGCAAUGAUUCAGGGUUAUGCUUCUAAUGGGUUGCCCAAAGACGCUUUGGACCUUUUCUUUAAGAUGUUGAACGCGGGUUUGAAACCGGAUCAUUAUGCCAUGGUUGGUUUUCUAUGUGCUUGUGCUAGAUUAGGAGCACUGGAAUUAGGAGACUGGGGUAGCAAUUUGAUGGAUAGAACUGAGUUCUUCACCAAUCAUGUGUUAGGUACAGCUUUGAUUGACAUGUAUGCAAAAUGUGGGAGCAUGGCUAAAGCCUGGGAAGUUUUUAAAGGAAUAAAGGGGAAAGAUAGAGCAGUAUGGAAUGCUGCUAUAUCAGGUCUUGCCAUGAAUGGACAUGAGAAAGCUGCAUUUGGACUAUUUGGCCAAAUGGAGAGGUUUGGGAUUCAACCUGAUGGGAACACUUUCGUUGGAUUACUCUGUGGCUGCACUCAUGCUGGUCUAGUUGACGAGGGUCGUAAAUAUUUCCACAGCAUGGGCCGCGUAUAUCCCUUCACUCCAACAAUUGAGCAUUACGGGUGCAUGGUGGAUCUCCUUGGUCGUGCAGGUCUAUUAGAUGAAGCUCAUAAGUUGAUCAAAAGUAUGCCAAUGGAAGCCAAUGGCAUUGUUUGGGGAGCCUUGCUGGGUGGAUGCAGGCUGCAUCGAGACACUCAAUUGGCAGAACAUGUAUUGAAACAACUCGUAGCAUUAGAACUGUGGAACUCAGGAAAUUACAUUCUCUUGUCAAAUAUAUAUUCUGCAGGUCUUAAAUGGGAUGAUGCAGCACAAAUUAGGUCAAUCAUGAAGGAAAGGGGGAUGCAGAAAAUACCUGGGUGCAGUUGGAUUGAAGUGAAUGGAGUUGUUCAUGAAUUUCUCGUCGGAGACAAGUCCCAUCCCAUGUCCGAGAAGAUAUACUCAAAACUUGUUGAAUUGGCCAAGGACCUAAAAGCAGCCGGCUACAUACCCACAACAGAUAAUGUACUGUUUGAUAUAGAAGAAGAGGAGAAAGAACAUUUCCUGGGUUGUCACAGUGAGAAGCUGGCAAUAGCUUUUGGUCUAAUAAGCACAGCUCCGAAACAAACCAUUCGAGUAGUAAAAAACCUUCGUGUCUGCAGUGAUUGUCAUGCUGCUAUAAAGCUCAUUUCUAGGAUUACAGGUAGAGAGAUAAUUGUGAGGGAUAAUAAUCGAUUUCAUUAUUUCUCCCAAGGUUCUUGCUCAUGCAAGGAUUACUGGUAGAAUUAGACAUCAAUCAACAACUCCCACAUGCAAUUUAUGAGUUAAAUUACCUCUCUUACAUUAUCCACUCACUUCUAAUUUAUGACAUAAUAUAGUUCUGAUUUAUGCACAUUGCAUAAGUUUAAUUUACUAAUGGCUUCUUGAUACACUUGAAAUGAAAAUUUAAACCCAUAUCAGAUCACUUUCUUUUUUUUUUUCUUAGAGUCUACGACAGGAUCAUAUUUUUCUUUUCAAUAUACAAUUAUACAAAUGAUAGAGAUUCAAUUAUUUUCCUAACUUAAUAUCUAGAAAAUAAAGUAAAUUAAUCUAAAACUUGGAUUGGUUGUAGCUCAACUAGAUUAAAGAGACAUGUUAAUCCAGUCAAUUAGAGAAGAUAUGAUAUUUAAAUAAAUAUAGAGAAUCCACAGCCAGAAAAUUGCAAUAUAGAUAGAUACCAUCAUUGAGGACAGCCACAAACAUUAGUCAUUAGGUCAGCUGAUUUCCAAUUUUCCAACCCAAAAGAUUUCAACACACAACGCAACUUGAGGUGUCCUAGGUGGGCCCCUUGAAGCAGUCCUUUUUUUUUUUUUUUUUCUUUUCAAAAUUUUUAGCAAAGCGAAGUCAAACACAAUAGCCAUUGAUCUACUCCAAGCCUUAAGUAACUGAAACGCUAUCGUUUCGCAGUUUUGAGCCUGCUUUAAUUUUUUUAUUUUUCAAUACCUUGAAACAGCUGCUUUGCAAUCUCCGUUCCCUUUGUACAGAAACCCUCCUUAAUCCUCACAUUCGUAUCUCUCUCCAUAACACACACGACAAUUACAUGGGUCUGUACUCUGUACUUUUUCUUAAGCAAAAGGGCGUAAUUGUUUUUUGAAAAACUAAAAACAAAA